GUGGUCACCGGUGCAACAUCCGGCAUUGGAAAAGCUUACGCCCAUGAGCUUGCCAAGAAAGGUCUCGAUGUCGUCCUGGUCAGCCGCUCCAUGGAAAAGCUGAAGCAAGUGGCUGAUGAAAUCGAGCAACUCCAUGGCCGGAGCACCAAAGUGAUCCAGGCGGACUUUACAGGUGGCUCCGAAAUCUACGAAUCUAUCCACAAAACUCUGCACGGAUUGGAGAUUGGUGUUUUGGUGAACAACGUUGGCACGAACCAGGUGAUGCCGUUAGAUUUCCUGCGGACCCCCGACAUUGAUAAGUACAUAAACGACGUGGUGAAUUGCAACAUCCUUUCAACCCUGAAGAUGACGGAAGCCAUCCUUCCUCAAAUGGUCACCAGGAAGAAGGGGAUUAUAAUAAAUAUGUCUUCCGCAAGUGCCUGGAGACCCACGGCCUGGGCUGCGCUGUACAGCUCCAGCAAGGCUUUUGUCGAUUUCUUCUCACGGGCGUUAAAUGUGGAAUACAGGUCUAAAGGCAUCAUUGUACAGGUAUGUUACAACUGAGAUGGCCUUUUAACUCCUUCUUUUUUCAUCUACA